CAAUGAUAUUUCUAAAUUGGUGAUAAUCCCCGUAUUAUCGAACACCCUAUGGAUAUGACAGUGCCAAAAAAUGAUCCCUUCACAUUUAAUUGCAAAGCGGAAGGUGAUCCAACACCAUCGAUACAAUGGUUUAAGGAUGGUCAUGAAUUGAAAACUGAUACGGGUUCACAUAGGAUAAUGUUGCCAGUUGGCGGUUUGUUCUUUUUGAAGGUGAUACAUUCACGUCGUGAAAGUGAUGCUGGCACGUAUUGGUGUGUGGCGAAAAAUGAGUUUGGUGUGGCACGUUCGCGCAAUGCCACGCUACAAGUUGCAUUUCUUCGCGAUGAGUUUCGCCUAGAACCGCAAAACACGCGCGUUGCUCAAGGCGAAGUGGCACUGAUGGAGUGCGGUGCGCCGCGUGGUUCACCGGAACCGCAAAUUUCAUGGCGUAAAAAUGGACAAACAAUGAAUUUAAGCAAUAACAAACGUAUACGCAUAGUCGACGGUGGCAAUCUGGCCAUACAGGAUGCGCGGCAAUCGGACGAUGGCCGUUAUCAGUGUGUAGUGAAAAACGUGGUGGGGACACGUGAGUCGGCGACGGCGUUUCUGAAAGUGCACGUGCGCCCAUUUCUCAUACGUGGUCCACAAAAUCAAACCGCUGUGGUUGGCACUUCGGUUAUCUUUCAGUGUCGUAUUGGUGGUGAUCCAUUACCGGAUGUCCUGUGGCGACGCACCGCUUCGGGCGGAAAUAUGCCAUUACGUCGUGUGCACAUUCUUGAGGAUCGUAGUCUUAAAUUGGAUGACGUUACGCUGGAGGAUAUGGGCGAAUAUAGUUGUGAAGCGGAUAAUGCGGUCGGUUCAAUUACAGCCACGGGCACACUUACCGUCCACGCGCCGCCAAAGUUCACCAUACGCCCCAAAAAUCAACUUGUCGAAGUCGGUGAUGAAGUGCUCUUUGAAUGUCAAGCCAGCGGCUAUCCAAAACCCACACUCUACUGGUCGGUCGAAGGCAAUAGCUCACUGCUCUUCCCCGGCUACAGGGAUGGCCGCAUUGAGGUGACGCUAACGCCUGAAGGACGCUCCGUGCUCUCCAUAGUACGUUUUGCACGUGAAGACUCCGGCAAGGUGGUGGUUUGUAAUGCUUUGAAUGCGGUUGGCAGUGUUAGCAGUCGUACCGUUGUCACUGUGGACACUCAAUUUGAGCUGCCACCACCAAUAAUUGAGUUGGGUCCCGUCAAUCAGACGUUGCCGGUGAAAUCGAUCGUAACGCUGCCAUGUCGCACCAGUGGUACGCCAACACCACAAGUCUCUUGGUAUUUAGAUGGCAUGCCAAUAGAUGUGAAUGAACAUGAACGGCGCAAUCUCUCCGAAACCGGCAUACUCACCAUUGCCGACUUGCAGCGCAAUGAGGAUGAAGGCUUGUAUACAUGUGUGGCGAGCAAUCGCAACGGGAAGUCAUCGUGGAGUGGUUAUCUGCGUUUAGAUACGCCAACAAAUCCGAAUAUCAAAUUUUAUCGUGCACCUGAGCUCUCCACACAUCCUGGGCCUCCCGGGAAACCGCAAGUGGUGGAGAAGACCGAAGAUACAGUGACGUUGUCGUGGACGCGCAGCAAUAAGGUGGGCGCAUCCAGUCUGGUGGGUUAUAUUGUGGAAAUGUUUGGCAAGAAUGAGACGGACGGUUGGGUGAAAGUGGGCGCACGCAUACAGAAUACAACCUUCAUGCAGGUGGGCAUGGUGCCGGGUGUAAAUUACUUUUUUGUCAUACGCGCAGAGAACUCACAUGGUGUCUCACUGCCCAGUCCGAUGUCGGAGCCGAUCAAUGUCGGCAUGCGUUUCUUCAACAGCGGCUUGGAUUUGAGCGAAGCACGCGCUAGUCUCUUGUCCGGCGAUGUGGUGGAACUAAUUAACGCGAGCAUUGUGGACUCGACAAGCAUGAAAUUGACCUGGCAGAUAAUCAACGGCAAAUACGUGGAAGGCUUUUACAUCUACGCGCGUCAAUUACCAAAUCCGCCAACGAGUAGCAGCAUCGUAAGUUCAGAGCGCAGCAGCGCAAAGACAAAUCCUUUACUCGGCUCACGUAGUUCCUCUUCGGCUUCAGCCGACGCCGCAGCGGCCGCAUUGAUUUCGGCUAAACCAAAUAUAGCCGCUGCCCGACGUGAUACGAACGUCAAUAAUGUUGCCGCCUCCGCUGCUGCCACAACUACCAGCAGCACAACAUAUCGCAUGCUAACGAUUCUUAAUGGGGGUGGCGCCUCAUCCUGCACACUGACUGGACUCUUGCAAUACACGCUCUAUGAAUUUUUCAUUGUACCAUUUUAUAAGUCUGUGGAGGGGAAACCAUCGAAUUCGCGGAUUGCGCGUACGUUGGAGGAUGUGAUCAGCGAAACACCCUUUGGCAUGGAAGCAGUACUAUUGAAUUCAUCCGCGGUGUUUUUGAAAUGGCGUGCACCACCAAUGAAGCCACAAAAUGGUAUUUUACUCUUCUAUCAUGUGAUUGUGCGUGGCAUUGAUACUGCACACAACUUCUCACGCAUACUUACAAAUGUCACCAUCGACUCGGCUUCGCCAACACUGGUGUUGGCCAACUUAACUGAGGGUGUUAUGUAUACCGUUAGUGUUGCAGCUGGAAAUAAUGCUGGUAUUGGUCCUUACUGCUCGCCAGCUACAUUGCGUUUGGAUCCCGUCACUAAGCGUUUGGAUCCGUUUAUUAAUCAGCGCUACCCGAUCAAUCAAGACCACGUCGAUGAUGUGCUCACGCAACCUUGGUUCAUCAUAUUACUUGGCGCCUUUCUGGCCAUGGUGAUGUUAUCAUUCGGCGCCAUGGUAUUUAUUAAACGCAAGCAUAUGAUGAUGAAACAGUCAGCUUUGAAUACAAUCAGAGGCGCACACCCAAACGAUGUGUUGAAAAUGCCCAGCCUAUCGCGUAACGGCAAUGGCUAUUGGCUAGAUGCCUCCUCCGGUGGCAUGGUUUGGCGUACAUCACCCUCAGGUGAUACAUUGGACCUGCAAAAGGAUCAAAUUGCCGACUAUGCGCCAGUUUGCUUGACAAAUGGCACUGUGGGUGUGAAUAGUGGUGAUAGCGGUGCCUGCAACAGCGGUGUGGGCAAUCAACAAAGAUAUGUAGGCGAAUACUCAAAUAUACCCACGGAUUAUGCGGAGGUGUCAAGUUUCGGCAAAGCGCCCAGUGAAUAUGGCUGUGGUGGCUUGCAACGGCAUGAAGCUGGCUCACCAGCGCCCUAUGCCACAUCGGCCAUAUUGAAUGGUGGUGGUCAGCACCAACCGCAGCAUCAGCAGCAGCAGCCACGUUAUCAGCAACGACCAGGCGAUUUUCGCAUGCCGCAGCAGCAGCAACAACAACAUCAGCAAUUCCAGGCGCCACAUCAAAGACCUAUGCAUCCACACUAUCAUCAUCAGCAGCAGCAACAGCAGCAACAACAACAGCAGCAGCAGCAGCAGCAGCAACACUCUUUAGGCAAUAUUUACCAACCCAUGUCGGUGACCAGUGAAAUAUAUCCCAGCAACAGCGGCAGUCAACGUUCCGCCUAUUCGGAGCAAUAUUACUAUGCCAAGGAGAAGAUGCACAUAACGGAGAACAAGUUGAGCACAUGUCACACCUAUGACACGGCAGGUGAACAUCAGCAGCAGCAACAACAACUGCAACUACAACCCAUGCAACAGCAGCAAUUCGCCAGUGUCGGCACACUACGUCGACAGUUGGGUGGCGGUGGCAGCGGCGGCGGAACGCAUGGCUUGAUUGGCGGCAGUGGGCGCUUCAAAGUCAUUAUGCACCAGCAACAGCAGCAACAACAGCACCAGCUGCCCGGCAUGAGCAUUGAGAAGCAGCAGGUACACAAGAUGAAUGCUCUGAACAACAACCACAACAACAGCAAUGGCACUAGCAUUGGCGCGGUCACCGGUAAUGACAACGGCACCACCGAGCUGUCGAAAAACCUGCUUGACUUAGAUGCCGGCUCGUUCUGCUACAAUGGGCUCGCUGACUCCGGCUGCGGUGGCUCGCCUUCUCCCAUGGCCAUGUUGAUGUCGCACGAGGAUGACCAGGCGCUCUACCACACGGCCGAUGGUGAGCUCGAUGGUGACAUGGAGCGUUUGUAUGUGAAAAUUGAUGAGAAUCAGCAAAACCACCAGCUACAAAAACAGCAGCAACAAACCCAGCAACAACACUUACUGCCUUUAACGCCAUCAAAUCAAGUACAUCCCAGUGUGGCGAUAACACUGAGCAGCAGCGGCGGUGUAAGUAGCGCCAGCAAUAACAGCAACACUGGCAAUAGUUGGCGUGCCCAGCAGCAACAACAACAACCCUUUGUGCGCGCCUCCUAUCGCGCUGGCAGCGGCAGUGGUAGCGGCAGCACCAAUCAAAUGAUGACCAGCAGUGGCAGCAGCGCCGCUAAAAGCAAUACAAGCAGCAUCGGUGGCAGCAGUUCGCUGAGUUCGUGCUCAGAAAGCGCUGAGGAUCACCGUCAUCAGCAACAAAACCCACAUAAAAUCCUACAAAACAGUGAUUGUGAAUUGAUUUAUGCGCCCAGUAGUGUGGCCAGCGAAAGGAGUUUGUUGAGCAGUGGCAGCGGCAGCGGCUGUGGCAGUGCCAGUGGUGGCAGCAUAUCAGCUCAUCCGCAAGGACCGCUUGUGUGACCGGUAACACAGUAUGUGACAGUAGGUGGGGGUGUGCCAGUGGUUGGGGGUGUGGGUAGUGGUAAUGUGGUUGGUGUCACAAAGAGUCUGGGUUUAUUGGGCAGCUAUGCUGGAUUGACUGAUAGCAGCGCGUGCGAUGAAGCGGCUCAAGUAGAUUAUUAUACACGCGAGGUGCAAGAGCUGUUAGCGUGGUGUGAGCGCGUCAACAAGGGCCAGUUGGAGUCGACUGAGUAAGUCAGAGCUGGGUAGGCUAAAGAGAAGUAUAGAGUGUGUAUAUAGAGUAAGCAUAGUUUAUAAAGCAAAAGUGGUGUCUGCAAUGUGUUUGGCGAGUGAUUAAUAAUAAAUUUUAAGUUUUAAAACUUUUUAAAAAUUUAAAAUACAUAAAAAUAUGU